AUGGAUUGUUAUAGUGGCAGUUGGACAAAAGACAGCGGUAGCAAUGCAAGUAGGACAUGCCUGGCUGAUCGACCUUACUGUCGUAGUUAUCAUCAAAUACAACAACUUAACUUCACUCGAGAAGUAUAUCGUCAAAUAUUCUUAUUAGAUAAUAGCAGUUCUAGCGAUGAUGGUAGAAAUCAACUCAAUUGCUUGGGAAAUUUUAGCUGUCCUUUUGCUGUCAACGAAGUGAUUCAUAUGAAUAAAACGCAAUGGCUUCAAUUUGCUAACGAUACCCUCAUGCAUAAUAAAAAUUGUUGUGCAGUGGUACUAUUCUAUUCAUCGUCUUGUUCAUUUUCGGCUCAAUUAGCACCAGCAUACAAUGCAAUUGGUCAUAUAUUUCCUAAUUUAACCACUAUAUCUGUUAAUGCCUACGAUAACCGCUAUUAUAAUAUCAGGUUUGGAGUCAUGGGUACACCAACUGUUUUAAUCUUUGUCCGUGCAAGACGAAUACUUCGAUUUAAUUCAACAGCCACUUUCAACAACCUAGUUCAAUUCGUCAGCAAUGUUACAGAAUUGUUACCAGGCGAAGAAGGAAAAUUACUAGAUGAAUAG